AUGAAUGACCUUCCAUUACAUCUGAAUGACACCCAAAUAGAUAUGUUUGCAGAUGAUUCUACUCAGUAUGUAUCUGGUUGUUCAGUCCAGGGUGUACAAGAACAACUCAGUACCGAAAUGUUACCAAUUAUACAAUGGACCGAAACGAAUAAAAUGGUUCCCAACGAACAGAAAACUAAGGCAAUGUUUAUAGCAUCAACCAAGAAAGUGUCUGAGAUCCCACAGGAUUUAAACAUCACUAUAAAUGAUUUCCAAAUUGAAACUGUGCUUGAUGGAAGAUUACUUGGUAUUCAGUUUGAUCAAACUUUGAGCUGGUCUGUGCAUAUCGAACUGUUGUGUAAAAAGAUAUCUCAAAGAUUAGGAAUAUUACGACGAAUACGUCACCAUCUGCCACUAAACGCUCGUAAAGCCUUCUACCGAUGUUUAAUUCUCUCCUUGAUGGAUUACUGUUGUGUGAUUUGGGGGAAUACAUCUACCCAAAACUUGGACAGACUUCAUCGGCUUCAAAAGAGAGCUGCCAGACUGAUUUUAGAUCGUGAUCAUAAGGCACCUUCACUGCCUUUAUUUUUGGAACUUGGAUGGCUUCCAGUUCACGAGAGAAUACGAUAUUUUCGUGCCAGUAUAUAUCACUAG